AUGGCUAAUCUGAGGCUGCAGAAGCGCCUGGCGGCAGACGUCCUCAAAUGUGGUAAGCGCCGCGUUCGAUUUAACCCUGCCCAUGAGAAGUACAUCGAACAGGCGUCGAGUCGUGAGGCUAUCCGAUCCCUGAUUGAGUCAAAGAUCAUUGCAAAGUUGGACAUCAAGGGCUCUUCGCGCGGUCGUAUUCGUGCGCGCCAUGCAGCUAAGCGCCUCGGCCGCCACAGCGGUCACGGUAAGCGCCGCGGUACCAGGGAGGCUCGUAUGCCUUCGAAGACUCUCUGGAUUCAGCGCCAGCGUGUCCUCCGUCGCCUGCUGAGCAGGUACCGUGACGACGAAAAGAUCGAUAGGCACCUUUAUGAGACCCUCUAUGCUAAGGCUAAGGGUAACAUGUUCAAGAAUAAGCGCGUUCUCUUGGAGCACAUCGUUGGAAUGCAGAAGGAGCAGGAGCUCGAGAAGAAGAAGAAGGAGGAGCUUGAGCAGCGCCGCAAGAAGGCAGAGCAGCGAUGCAAGGAGCGAGCAGAGAAGGUUGCCGCCAACCGUCUCGCGUUCGCCCAGACGGGUAUAUUCACUGAGAAGACUAACAAGUAA